AUGCUUAUUUCACUCAACGUAAGGAACAUCCAUAGAUUGUUAGUAUCUAUCGUCAUACAGUGGUGCAGUAUGGGGCAGUCGGGCUUGGCAGCAAUUACCCUUAGGAUGCCGUUGUUGCUGGUACGUAAGCGCUGCAGGAGAGACGCUGCUUUUCUACGCAUUAUGGCGAAAAAGUCAUUAGUGUGUGCGUCUGCGAAAAAUAAAUACUACUUAACAAAAUAUAAAAAUACUUAA